GCGCCCCCCAAAAAAUGUGUGUGCGGGUAUAUUAACGGUGCUUCCAGGAAUAGUGACUGGUUUAACCUCAGUGUCUACUUGUGGGUAUUAUUCAGUACUUUAUACGGCUCAGAAAGAGGAAGAUGGCUCUCCAUUCCGGUGUUGAUGCAAGACUCCUUAUUGUCGGAUGCGGGAUUUCAGGAAUCGGUGCUGCGCAGAAGUUAAUCAAACAGGGUUUCCGAAAUGUCCGCAUUAUUGAAGCAACGUCAAGAAGCGGAGGAAGAGUUAAAACCGGCAGACUGGAUGGUAAAAUUAUAGAAAUAGGUGCCAACUGGAUCCAUGGUCCCUCACAAAAGAACCCAGUGUUUCACUUGGCCUGCCAGUACCAGUUACUUGAUGAAGAGUGCAUGUCUGAGGAGAAUCAGUCUGUGGUUAUUGAUGGUCUUCCACCUUUGUUUUCUACUUGGCUUUCCAGCUCAGGCAAGAAGCUUGAGGCUGAGGUAAUGGCACCUGCAGUAGAGGUCUUCCUGACAUUACUUAAGAAGUGCCAGGAGUUCUACAACAGUAGCAGAGCACCCAUGUCUAGUGUGGGGGAGUUUCUUAAAACAGAGGCUCUCCGGAUCAGCAAUGAUGAAUGGAAAGAAGAUGAGGCCAGAAAGCUCAGACAGGCUCUGUUCAGCACACUACUGAAGCUUGAGUGUAGCAUUAGUGGGACGCACACGAUGGAUGAUGUGGACCUUGGCUCCUUUGGCAUGUAUAAGCCCCUUCCAGGGCUGGACUGCACUUUCCCAGGAGGCUAUGAAGGCUUAAUUACACACAUGAUGAAUGAACUGCCUAAUGACAUUGUCUUAUUUAAUAAACCAGUUAAGUGCAUUCACUGGAAUAACAUUCACAGCCGGUCAAGCGCAAAGGAAGGAACGUGUCCUGUUACAGUUGAAUGCAUUAACGGAGAGACUUUUGAAGGAGAUCAUGUCAUUGUUACCCUCCCACUGGGCUAUAUGAAGAAGCACCAUGACACUCUUCUGAAUCCUCCUCUGCCACAACACAAGUUGCACUCCAUUCAGAGAUUAGGCUUUGGGACCAAUAAUAAAAUAUUCUUAGAGUUCGAGCAGCCCUUCUGGGAUGAAGAUUGUGAAGUUAUCUUCCUCAUAUGGGAGGAUGAAUAUGAUCUUCAGAAUCCUGUUUCUGAUAUGAAGACUGCCUGGAUCAGGAAGUUGUCAUGCUUCACUGUACUGAAACCCGCCGAGAGGUAUGGCCACAUUCUUUGUGGUUGGAUUGCUGGGCAUGAAUCUGAGUAUAUGGAAACUCUGUGUGAAGAGGACGUGCUGUGCACGGUGACUCAGCUCCUUCAAAGAUUUACAGGAAAUCCAACAAUUGCACCAAAGAAGCUUGUACGGUCCCGGUGGUUCCAUGAUCCCUACACUUUCGGAUCGUACUCUUAUGUGGCAAACGGUUGCUCAGGUCAAGAUAUCGAUAACCUGGCCGAGCCUCUUCCACUGACGGGCUCAAAUGCUCAGCCCUUACAGGUGCUGUUUGCUGGAGAGGCCACUCACAAAUCGUUCUUUUCCACUGUUCAUGGAGCUUUGCUUGCUGGCUGGAGAGAAGCAGACCGUCUGAUAUCACACUACAAGCCAUCACCAAGGAAGGUCACAGCAAAUCUGUAAAGAGUGAACUAUGUGCUUGUUUUAAAGAGAUGCAAAUUAUAUACUGAUGGGACAAAAAGAUCACUCCAUCUUUUGAAUAUCAGUUGUAAUAAUGUAAUAAUUAAUUUAUAAAGGUUUAUAAUUGUAAGGUCUAUAAUUUUACGUGGCAAGAUUACUUUCAACUUUCUGUUCUUUGUCAGGUUUCAGCCAAAUACACCAAUCCAACUGUCCAAAACUGGACAUCUGGACAAAUUCUGAAACUAAAAAAAAAUCAGGAGUUAUGAUCAAAUUAUUUCUGAGCAGUUAAUUUGAUUGACCAGAUUUGUCAAUGUUCAGAAACUGUUGCUGUAAUGGUUUUACCACCUUCUUUUGAAAAACACUAGAGAGCUGAAAAUCUUUGGAAAUUCUAAACAGGUAAGUAGUAUUACCAUCACCUUUACCACAAUCUAGGGCUGUGCCUGAAAUCGUGUUCUGUAACAGUAUGUACUGGAUUCUAUAUAGUACCUGAUAAUUUCGUGUUUACUAGUUUGGUUUUUCUAGUUUUUCUGAGUUUCUGCAUCUCCUGGUUUCCUAGUGUUUCUUGUUCCUAGAGUCUCUUCCAUGAGUCUGUUUCCCUGUGUUUUGUCUGGAAUAAAGAAGUUCUGCAUGA